AUGAACUGGUCAGCGCUGCAGAGCCUCCUCAGUGGGGUGAAUAGGUACUCCACCGUGUUCGGCCGCGUGUGGCUUUCCAUGGUGUUUGUGUUCCGAGUGCUAGUGUUUGUGGUAGCAGCACAGCGGGUUUGGGGAGACGACAGCAAAGACUUUGUCUGCAACACCAGACAGCCAGGCUGUACCAACGUCUGCUAUGACCACCUCUUCCCCAUCUCUCAUAUCCGUCUGUGGGCCUUGCAACUCAUUUUUGUCACCUGUCCAUCUCUCCUGGUGGUGGCUCAUGUGAAGUACCGUGAAGAAAAGGACAGGAAGUAUUCCACCCUACACGAGGGCCAUCACCUUUAUGCAAAUCCAGGGAAAAAACGUGGUGGACUGUGGUGGACUUACCUCAUCAGCUUAUUCUUUAAGGCGGGAAUCGAUGCAGCCUUUCUCUAUAUCCUUUACCACAUUUAUGAGGGCUACGAUUUACCCCGCCUUUCCAAGUGCUCCCUGGAGCCGUGUCCCAACACGGUGGACUGUUUCAUCUCACGCCCCACCGAAAAGAGGAUAUUCACCAUUUUCAUGGUGGUCUCCUCAGCGGUCUGUAUUUUCAUGUGCAUCUGUGAGAUGUUCUACCUGGUAGGAAAGCGUUUCCACAAGAUGAUCAAAAUCCGCCAGGAAAACGAGAGGCUGCUCUUUGCUGAGACGCACGAUAUCACCAAUAUGGCUCUUCCCAGAACACACUACAAAAGAAUAGACCCCACUCUAACCAGCAACCAAAACCUGAGUAACCUAAAAACAGAGGAGUCUGUCGCAGCCAAAUGA